UCUUCUCCUUCGAUACGACGUACGAGCCAUCUCGAGUUCGUUUUACUUGUCGCUCGAGCACAGCCCCCCUUCUCGCUAUAUCCUACCCUCCCUCCCUCGAGUCUUCCCGCGCUCGCCUCUCCUCUCCGGCCGCUCCACGUGCACUCACAUACGUCGACGCCCACACCCGACUGGCACUUUUAGUUUACUUCGUGACAGGGACGAACUCUGCCGAAGACUUGGGCCGCCAGAGGUCCCCUUACCCACCCUCGCCGGAUUUGGGACCUAUAGAAUUUACCUGCGAACUGCCCUCCCGUGGCCUUUCUUACUACCUGGCCGCCGUCCAUUAUUUUCUAUCACCUUCCACUAUUUAAGCCGCGCCCCCUCCCCCCCCCUCCCUCCUCUCUCGGGCGCUUAUAACCACUAGAACCCAACCUUCUCUCACUCUUCCCACCAUUCAAAUCCAGAUCCCUACGGUUUCAUACCGAAUCCUGCCUCCAAAUCCGCCCAGCUCGCCUCUACCACGAUGAAGGGCCGUCCGGUCGAUCAGCUCGUUUACGAGUGCAUGUUUCCCAAACCUCGAACGAGCGAACCGCAAAAUUUCCAUACUCUCCUCCACCGAAACCUGGUUCCCGAAGUUCGCCAGGAGGUUCAUUCCUUCUACGGCCACUUAGACACCCAAGAAGCCAAGUAUCCCGGCCUCGACUACACCAACCGCAUUCACCGAAUACGGCUGAGCCGCUGGCAGUGGCAUCGUCGCUUAUUUCGAGCAUUCGACAGCCUGCGUCUCACCGACUACGAGAUUUCGACCCUGACAAAAUGGGAGGGUACGAAGUGGGCAAAGGAGCGAUUCGAGCGAGACUCCGGAAUCACCAUCCGAGACACUGCGUUUGAUGAUAUUGCUAAGUGGGUGGAUCCCGGGGAUCGACCUCAGACCGCGCGUGCUACUCCGGGAGGGGAUGCCGAGGAGUUGGAAGAUGCUGCCGCGACGCUGGACGAAGACAUGGAUGGCGAGGAGGAGGACAGCGAUGGAGAGCUGACCAGCGUGGGAAUCCCACUGAAUGAACGCCUCCGAGAAAGGGCAGCGCGUCACGAGGCUGGCGAGACCUCGGUGCCCCUAGACGAGGAGUUGGAGCAGUGGCUGAAGAACGCGAUUGAGUCGGGCGAACUCUCCUUCCUCACGGAGCAGAUCGUCCGCCAACCGAACAACAUCACGCUGGUCCCGCAAGCGCUCUUCCCUACGCGCAUGCUGAGUGCAGCGCGGGCCGGCCAGUGGCAGGACAUCCCGGACUUCCUCCGUGGUGUACUCCGAUAUGCACUGGAGAACGAAGCACCAAACAGAGGUCAAGAAUCAGCAGCACCGCCUACCUCGAGUGACCGCCCAUCCGGAGCAUCGCUGCAACCCCACCUCUUCGCAAGCAACCAAGGAAAUUGGCGUCGUGACUAUUCCGAUCUGCGACUCCCUGCCGGCGAGCCUGGCAAUGCGAGCACUUCGGAGGUUCGUCUGCAGCGAACAGCUCAGUCUGGCGCCUAAGCCUUAUCUCUCGCACCUACGAGAGCCUCGCCGCUUACAUCCUACCGCCUUCGGGAUGACGCGGCAUACUAGAUGUCACACCACUUUCGGGAAUUUCAAGUCUACUAUUACUACCAUCGCACACUACCUCGAUACCCUCUCCGUCCCCCCCUCUCCGUCCCCUUUCUGUAACAUGCUCCCUAGUGCCUGGU